AUGGCCAAGCAAAUACCGUUUCUACUGCCUUGUGGUUGUUUUGGUGCCUCCAAACCCAAGCAGCGAACAUGGAAGGCUCAGGCGCGCAGCAACACCUUGACCUACAAGAUGCUAGAGCAUGUGAUAGAAGCUGCUGCUGCGCACAUUGAGUGCUGGAAUCCAGAUGAGUUCACGACAGUGUGUUCCCUGCAGGAGCCCAACCAGUCUCGUGCCUCUGUGGACUUUGUGAAGCAUCAAAGUAAGUCCUUGGCGGUGAAGCGCAUGCCGAACAGGUGGAUCAAGUCGCGAGCGUCAGAGUUUGAUGAGAGUAAUCCAAAGUCUUCGGAAAAACCGUGGAUUGAAAUCGGGCUGCUGAGAUAUCUCAAUGCUCUGGGGUUCCCUCAUGUCUGCGACCUGUUUGGCAUCUUCCGGGAUGAGGAGUAUACCUAUGUUGCAACAUCGUUAGCCUCCGAAGGUGACCUAUUUCACUGGGUGGAGCAACUUUCCCUGGCACCCGGCCUGGACCGUGAGAGAAUGAUCCGGCCGAUGAUGGGCCAGCUGUUUUCAGCUGUUCAGAAGCUGCAUGAUCUUGGCAUUGCUCAUCGGGACAUCUCACUGGAGAAUACAUUGCUGACGACAAAUUCUGAAGGAGGAAUUCAACUCCAGCUGAUUGAUUUUGGCAUGGCAACCCUGUCGAGAAGGUGCACAGAGGUGAGGGGGAAGAAAGCAUAUCAGGCCCCCGAAAUGCACUGA